GAGUUGAUUAUUAAUUUAUCAUCAUCAUCAUCAUAUUGUUAAAUUAAAAUAGAUAUGAAUCAGUCAUCAUAGACAGACAGGGAAAUGCUGAGUAGUCAGAUAUACAGCCCUUAUCCGAAGUGACGCUGCAUGGCUCCUAUUGAGGUGGAGUAAUCACAAUUCACAAUUAAUUAAUUUGUUAAAUUCUAAAUUUCUAGAAGAAUAAAUGAGAUUUGCAUCCUAAACAUGUAUGACUACUAACAAUAAUAUGAUCUGAUUUGAUUUCUCUUUCCAAAACAGCAGUGUAUAUAAUAUAUCCCAUCCAAAUCGCCUAAAAAUGUAACCUAUUAACCUCUUUUCCAAAUAAAUACCACAUGUGUAAAAAAUUAUAUUAUAAUUUGUUGAGUCAUACUUCAAUUUCAACGAAUAAAAGGGAAACGUGGGAAAAAAAAAAAAACCAAUUUUUUUAAAUAAAAUUAUGAAUUAUUACUUUGUUCAAAUUAAAUUUUUUGUUUGGUAGAAACUACUGUAUAUUCAAAUUUAAUUCCCACGAUAAAAAUAUAAAAAAUGAGAAGCAAAUUUGGCCACUCCUUCCCCUGUCACAUGAGAAAAUGAGAAAUAAAAGGCCAAAACUCAACCUUACUAACAAUCAUUCCUCUUCUUCUGCACAAACUGCAAAUACCUUUGCCACUUCCUUUUUCCUAUCCAAAAUGACAGAACACACUGAAACAUCAAUUUCCGAUGAUAACACCAACAUCAACCACAACCUUAAGGUACCACUUCUUCCACUCCAAAGAACACAGAACAACAACAACAACUUUUUCACCUUAAAAUCCUUUUUCACCCUCAACAAUUUCUAUGUUAUUCUUGGUCCUUUAUUAUCUCUAUUCAUCAUUCUCUUUGUCAAACUCGAUGCUCCUAAAAGUAGCCGUAACAUGCUAGCUGUUAUUGCUUGGGUUUUCAGUUGGUGGGUUACCUCUGCUUUACCACUUCCAGUUACAUCUAUGUGUCCUCUGUUUCUAUUCCCUCUGUUUGGAAUUGCUUCAGCUGAUACUGUUGCUCAUUCUUACAUGGAUGAUGUUAUUACUCUUGUUUUGGGAAGUUUCAUUCUUGCUCUCGCCGUUGAACGUUACAACGUUCAUAGAAGAUUAGCCUUGACCGUGACAUCAGUGUUUUGUGGGGAACCGUUGAAUCCAGCGCUAUUAUUAUUGGGUCUAUGUGCCACGUCAUUCUUUGUGAGUAUGUGGAUGCACAACGUGGCAGCUGCAGUCAUGUUAAUGCCGGUGGCUACAGGUCUUUUACAGCGACUUCCACCACCGUCGGAGCAAUCAGAGCUGGUUAAUAAAUUCAGUAGAGCGGUGGUUCUUACGGUGGUUUAUGCAGUGCCAAUUGGUGGUAUAAGUACUUUGACGGGGACAGGUGUCAAUCUGAUAUUGGUUGGUAUGUGGAAGAGUCUUGCACCUGGUGCAAAACCAAUAAGUUUCAACACAUGGUUCUUCUUUGCUUUUCCGAUAGCUUUUGUUUUUCUUAUAUGCUUUUGGUGUAUCGUAUGCUUACUUUAUUUACGGAAGGGUACAGCAAGGGCUCUCUCUUCUUAUUUGAGUAAAGCACACUUGAAGAGAGACUUAGAAGCUCUUGGUCCUAUGUCUUUCGCCGAGAAAAUGGUGUUGUCCGUGUUUGGGUUGCUUAUCGUAUUAUGGAUGACAAGAAGGAUCACAGAUGACAUACCCGGAUGGGGAUCUUUCUUCAAUGACCUUGUUGGUGAUGGAAGUGUCAGUGUUAUGGUGGCUGUAUUACUAUUCAUAAUCCCUAACAGAAAACAAGAGGGUGAGAAAAUAAUGGAUUGGAAUGAAUGCAAGAAAUUACCUUGGAACCUCAUUUUACUUCUUGGAGCUGGUUUUGCUUUAGCUGAUGGAGUUCAAUCUAGUGGUCUAGCAGAUGUACUUUCAAGAGCCUUAGAUUUCUUAGAAGAUGCCCCAUAUUUAGCAAUUGCUCCUGCAGUUAGUCUUAUUAGUAGUAUCAUUACUGAAUUUAUCACUUCUAAUGAUGCCACUGCCACACUUAUUAUUCCACUUCUAUUUCACAUAGCUAGGACUAUGCAUGUACAUCCUCUUCUUCUUAUGAUCCCAGGAGCAAUUGCAUCUGAAUUUGCUUUCUUGCUUCCAACUUCAACUCCAUCAAAUGUAGUUGGAUUUGCCACUGGUCAUAUUGAAAUCCAAGAUACACUUAAAGUUGGUUUGCCACUUAAGGUUACUUUCAUAGCUGUGCUCUCAUUUUUUAUGCCAACUCUAGGAGCUUUUGUUUUUGGAACAGAUGGCGAAUGGAUGCCAAACAAAAUCUCUCCUUAGAUGAGAAAUUGAUUUCUUUUCUAAUUAAUUUCCACGAUGCUUUUUGAAUUUUUGGUGUCAUUUAUGAAUGAAAAUUUGAAGCAACCUUCCUUCUUACCUCAAAAACCAAAGGAUAGAGAAUGUGGUACUCAUGUAGAUAUAUUAUACUCCACAGGCAAUGGAGGAGGGGAUAUAAAUAUAGGUUUAUUUGUUCAUUGAUUUUUAUUUUAUUUUCAGUCAGUCGGAUGAAUAGAUUUUAUCAAUUUUUGUUGUAAUAUAUUUUCUUUCAAUAAUUAUUGAAGAAAGAGUGAUUUUGUGUUUA